GUGAAGGGUAUCAGAAUCCUCCCUCCAUAAUCCCCAUAGUUACUGCAGUCCUCUCCAGCAGCCUGGAGCUCCCAGACCCGGGUCCUGAGCCUUCUGAACUGGCAAUCACUUGCCUUGUCUUUGGGGUCUGAGCAACAAGGAGGUCACAUGUGUACAAGCGUGGGCUCCUGGAACUGGCAGGAACCUUGGAUUGUGUUGGUCCUCGAUCACCAGUGGCCUACAUGAACUAUGGCUGUUAUUGUGGCCUGGGUGGCCAUGGAGACCCACGUGAUGCCAUCGACUGGUGCUGUCACCAUCAUGACUGCUGCUACUCUCGAGCUCAGGAGGCUGGCUGCAGCCCCAAGAUAGACCGCUACGCAUGGAAAUGCAUCGACCACCGCAUCCAGUGUGGACCUGCAGAGAACAAAUGCCAAGAACUCCUGUGCAAGUGUGACGAGGAGCUUGCAUACUGCCUUGCAGGAACAGAGUACCACCUGAAAUACCUCUUCUACCCCUCGGUUUUAUGUGAAAAGGACUCACCCAAGUGCCACUGAUGGGCUGAUCUUGAAAUGUUCGUUUGCCCACGGAAAUGAAGUUUGCUUCCUGUAAUGAACAACUUCAUUCAAUUUCUGCAGGAGGUAGUGGGAGCCAGGUGAUAAAGCCUUGUGUUUGCUUUCUCCCUCCAUUCAGGAACUUGGGACUGUUAGCCUGUGGAGUGGCUAGUUUGAUGAAAGCUGAGUCCUGGGUCUAAUACAGCCACCAGUG